AUGAAUCGUAUACGUGUUUUAGACGACUACUACUUAGCUAUCACACUUCUCAUAACCGUGGUAUAUCAGCUGUUGUUUUUUUCCGUGGCAUACUCGCUCAAGUUCGAUAAGCUUACUGACUUUGCGGGCGGAACCAACUUUGCGCUACUAGCCAUACUAACGCUGGGCUUCAGCGGGGAACAGGAUGCGCGUCAAAUCGUGGCGUCAAUUUUCCUUGUGUUGUGGGCCAUACGCCUCUCUGGAUUCCUCCUUUUCCGAAUACUCAAGACUGGCAAGGACGAUCGAUUUGAUGACAAACGUGACAAGUUUUUUCCAUUUCUUGGUUUUUGGAUAUUCCAAAUGUUGUGGGUUUGGGUUGUAUCCCUCCCGGUCACAGUUUUAAACUCACCUGGUGUCUUGAGAUAUGAUCAACCGGCCUUUGGAACCUUUCAAGACGUUGUCGGUGUCAUCUUUUAUAUAGUUGGUUUGACAAUGGAGAGCGUCAGCGAUCUGCAGAAAUAUCUCUUCAAAGCGAGAACCACUGAUAAAUAUGCUUUCUAUGAUCAAGGUCUCUUCGCUUGGUCAAGACAUCCCAAUUACUUUGGAGAUAUUCUCACACAAUUCGCAAUAUUUAUGAUAUGCGUAUCUCCUGCUACGCAUAACUAUGUGAGUGGAAAAGCGUAUAAUAUUCUCUAUGCCACCAUUAUCGGGCCUAUCUUUUUAACUUUGCUUCUCAUGUUCGUGAGUGGACUGCCCAUCUCGGAACGCGCAACGGCAAAAAAGCAGUACGAAAACAAAAUUCAUUGGGAAGCUUAUAAACUCUACACGGAACGAACCAGCAUCUUGAUACCUUUUAUGCCCUCAAUAUACGCUAAGCUACCAAUUAAAGUGAAGAGAACAAUAUUUCUAGAAUUUCCAAUUUACGUAUUUAACCCUCCAAAUCAAGCCAACUCUGAACCGCCAGAGGAAAGACUCGGGUCAAGGUAG